UCGCCUGAGCUUGCUGGGGACUGGUUUCCGCUUCCGGGUGCUACUUCCCGGUGGCGCGUUCUGGAAACUCAGUGGUUGCCAUGGAGGUUUUAGGCGAGUACAUUGGGCUGGACGGGCAGCCGCAGCAACUGCGGGUACUUUGUGAGGCGCCGGACGACGUCGACCCUUUCCAGGGGCUAUUGUCCGGCUUGGCCCGGAUGAGGGAGCUGGUGGCCGAGCUCUUGGGCCCCCAGGUACAGCCGGAAGCAGCUCCAGACGGGGCCUUGAUCGGUGAUGAUGAAGAUGAUGCAGAAGAUGAAAAUAACAUUGAUAACAGAACUAACUCAGAUGGACCAUCUGCAAAACGGCCAAAACCACCAUCUUAAUAGCUUUUAUGAAAUUUAAAAGUCCUAUCAUGUUCUCUUCUACAGCACAUAUGCUAAAAUUGGAAUGAUACAGAGAAGAUUAGCAUGGCCCCUGACAAGGAUGACACUCAAACUUGUGAAGCAUUACCAAAGAAAAAGACUGUAACCAUAUUUUAGUUAUCACACACUGACAUUUUAGGAAGAUCUGCUCUAAUUUGGAAAAGCAUUUGUUUUGUUCCCCUGGGACAGUUUUGUCAAAGAAAAAAACUUCUGUUUCCAGCAAAGAAAGAUAUAAUAAAUGUUUAGAAAUGAAUGUGUUUUCUUGAGUGAGAAAUUUUAGACCAUGGAUAUAACAGAGACCACUUCAUAAAAAUCCUCUAAUGCCUAGCCGGUGUGGU